GGCCGCUCCGCGCAGAUGGCCACUCAAGUGGAGCCGCUGCUGCCGGCGGGCGCCCCGCUGCUGCAGGCCGACGAACACGGCCUGGCGAGGAAGAAGCCGGCGCCUGACGCCCAGGCCGAGUCGGGCCCGGGCGACGGCGGCGGUGAGCCCGACGGCGGUGCCCGCAGGCCGCGGCCCGCCUGUGCCAGGCCGGGCCGCGACGGCUCGGAGCGCGAGAGCCCGCGGCCACCAGCUGCUGCCGAAGCCCCAGCGGGAAGCGACGGCGAGGACGGCGGCCGGCGUGACUUCGUGGAGGCACCUCCGCCCAAGGUGAACCCGUGGACGAAACACGCGCCGCCGCCGGCCGCGGUGAACGGACAGCCGCCUCCAGAACCUUCUGCUCCAGCCAAGGUGGUGAGAGCAGCUGCUCCUAAACAGCGUAAGGGCAGCAAGGUUGGUGACUUUGGAGAUGCAAUCAACUGGCCUACGCCUGGAGAGAUAGCCCACAAGAGCGUCCAGCCACAGUCACACAAGCCUCAGCCCGCCCGUAAGCUGCCAGCCAAGAAGGAUAUGAAAGAGCAAGAGAAAGGAGAUGGAAGCGAUAGUAAGGAGAGCCCCAAAACAAAGUCAGAUGAAUCAGGGGAGGAAAAAAAUGGGGAUGAGGACUGUCAGCGAGGCGGGCAGAAGAAGAAAGGGAACAAACACAAGUGGGUUCCGUUGCAAAUAGACAUGAAGCCUGAAGUACCUAGAGAGAAAUUGGCCUCACGCCCCACUCGCCCGCAGGAGCCAAGACACACACCUGUUAGCCGAGGGGAGAUCAAAGGAUCUGAACCUGCCACCUAUAUGCCUGUACCUGUGGCCCCACCCACCCCAGCCUGGCAACCAGAGACCAAACCGGAGCCUGCCUGGCACGACCAGGAUGAGACAUCGAGUGUGAAGAGUGAUGGGGCUGGUGGGGCGCGGGCUUCCUUCCGUGGCCGUGGACGGGGGCGUGGUCGUGGACGGGGCCGUGGACGGGGUGGCACUCGAACCCACUUUGACUACCAGUUUGGUUACCGAAAGUUUGAUGGUACAGAGGGACCUCGCACCCCCAAGUACAUGAAUAUCACUUACUACUUUGACAAUGUCAGCAGUACUGAGAUUUACAGUGUGGACCAGGAGCUGCUCAAGGAUUAUAUCAAGCGCCAGAUUGAAUACUACUUCAGUGUGGACAAUUUAGAGCGAGACUUCUUCCUGAGACGGAAAAUGGAUGCUGAUGGCUUUCUUCCCAUCACCCUUAUUGCUUCCUUUCACCGUGUACAGGCCCUAACCACUGACAUUUCACUCAUCUUUGCGGCUCUAAAGGACAGCAAAGUGGUAGAGAUCGUUGAGGAGAAAGUCCGCAGGAGGGAAGAACCUGAAAAGUGGCCACUACCUGGUCCCCCAAUAGUGGAUUAUUCACAAACUGAUUUCUCUCAGCUUCUCAACUGCCCAGAGUUUGUUCCUCGCCAGCACUACCAGAAGGAGACAGAGUCGGCACCUGGCUCUCCCCGUGCAGUCACCCCAGUGCCAACCAAAACAGAGGAGGUCAGCAACCUGAAGACUCUUCCAAAGGGCCUGUCUGCCAGCCUCCCAGACCUGGAUUCUGAGAGCUGGAUUGAAGUGAAGAAAAGGCCUCGGCCCUCACCAGCACGCCCAAAGAAGUCAGAGGAGCCCAGGUUCUCCCACUCAACUGCUCUGCCUCAGCACCUUCCUUCCCAGCCCCUGACGUCUAAAGAUCAGGAUGAGCAAGAAGAACUAGAUUUCCUGUUUGACGAGGAGAUGGAGCAGAUGGAUGGGCGGAAGAACACCUUCACUGCCUGGUCUGAUGAGGACUCUGACUACGAAAUCGAUGACCGGGAUGUCAACAAGAUCCUCAUUGUCACUCAAACACCACCUUACAUGCGUCGGCACCCUGGGGGGGACCGCACAGGCAACCACACUUCUCGUGCCAAGAUGAGUGCUGAGCUGGCCAAGGUUAUUAAUGACGGGCUCUUCUACUAUGAGCAAGACCUAUGGACUGAGAAGUUUGAGCCUGAGUAUUCACAGAUCAAGCAAGAAGUUGAGAACUUCAAGAAAGUGAAUAUGAUUAGUCGGGAGCAAUUUGACACUCUGACCCCUGAGCCCCCUGUGGAUCCCAACCAGGAGGUUCCUCCUGGGCCACCUCGGUUCCAACAAGUUCCUACUGAUGCCCUGGCCAACAAGCUGUUUGGUGCUCCUGAGCCCUCCACCAUUGCCCGUUCUCUACCAACCACUGUCCCAGAGUCACCAAACUACCGAAACGCCAGGACUCCCCGCACACCCCGGACUCCCCAGCUCAAAGACUCUAGUCAGACAUCACGGUUUUACCCUGUGGUAAAAGAAGGACGGACUCUAGAUGCCAAGAUGCCUCGAAAAAGAAAGACAAGACACAGCUCGAACCCCCCCCUGGAGAGUCAUGUGGGCUGGGUGAUGGAUUCUCGGGAGCACAGGCCCAGGACUGCUUCUAUUAGCUCCAGUCCUUCAGAGGGAACACCUGCAGUUGGCAGCUAUGGCUGUACCCCUCAGUCACUGCCCAAAUUCCAGCAUCCUUCCCAUGAGCUGCUCAAGGAAAAUGGCUUCACACAACAUGUCUACCACAAGUACCGGAGGCGCUGCCUUAAUGAGCGGAAGCGCUUGGGCAUUGGCCAGUCUCAGGAGAUGAACACUCUCUUCCGCUUUUGGUCCUUCUUCCUCCGAGAUCACUUUAAUAAAAAGAUGUAUGAGGAGUUCAAGCAGCUGGCACUGGAGGAUGCCAAAGAAGGCUACAGAUAUGGUUUGGAGUGCCUUUUUCGAUACUACAGUUAUGGUCUGGAGAAGAAGUUCCGACUGGACAUAUUCAAGGAUUUCCAGGAGGAGACUGUAAAAGACUAUGAGGCUGGCCAGCUCUAUGGAUUGGAGAAGUUUUGGGCCUUCUUGAAAUAUUCUAAAGCCAAAAAUUUGGACAUUGACCCCAAACUGCAAGAAUACCUCGGCAAAUUCCGACGUCUGGAAGACUUCCGGGUGGAUCCCCCCAUGGGUGAGGAAGGCAACCACAAGCGACAUCCAGUGGUAGCAGGAGGCAGCGGUGAGGGCAGGAAGCGCUGCCCUUCCCAGUCUUCCAGCAAGCCCACCACUGGGUUGAGCCAACCCUCCACGACAUCUACUGGCCAGGCCACCCGAGAAGAUGCCAAAUGGACGAGCCAGCACUCAGACACACUGACUUUGGGAAAGUGAAUUCCCAGAAGCCCCCUGGGAUUUGGAAUAGAAGGGGUGGGGUGGGCGAGGAUCCAUGGGGGUGCCCAGUCCCAGGAGAGUGAAUAAGGAAGGGACAGGCCUGGAGUUACUAAGGAUGGGCCUUUGCGCUAAGUAGCAGCUAUUAGCGGUGACCCUGGGCAGGAGCCUCCAAGUAACCCCUUCCCCUCCUGUCUCUAUGACUUCCAUCUUAACGUCUAAGGGGGGAGGGGAAGGGGGAAGAUUUUAUAUACAUAUAUAUAUAUAUACAUAUAUAUAUAUCAAGUUUUAAAUUAUUGAUAGUUUGUCUGGAUUACCAAAAUCACUCUUCAGCCCUUCCCACGGCUGUUACGCCGACCUGUCGCCCGGCCUCUUCCCGCUCCCCUCGAGCCAACUAUGCAGCCCACCAGAAUGCUCUGGUGGUGCCCAUGGGCCCAGAAGGACCAGCCCCUCAAUCAUCUGGGGUUUGUCACCGCCAAGUCCCUGGUGUUCCACACGCCCUUCUGCCACCUCUGGGGGAAAGAAACCAAAGGAUCUCAGUGGGGGUGGGGAGCUUCGGCCUCUUCCCCCAUCUUCCCAGCCCGGAGACGCUGCUCAAACCAGAAGAGACUAUUAAAAGAUGAUUCAUUUUAUUUUAUUUUUUUUUCUCUGACCUUUCCAUCCUUGGGAAAACUGAAAAAAGAAAAAAA